GUUAAGGCAUUAACGCUAAUGCUCUGGUGUCUUUCCAGAUUCUUCUUAACUGGAUAGUCCCGAAAUCCUUUAAGCGCCUCUGCAGAACUUCAGUAGUGGUGUGAGUUGAGGGGAAACUAUGAGGAUUUCUGGACCAUCACCAUGUUCUUAAACACGCAGAAUGAGAGUGAUUCAGACGCUGCCAGCCUCCUUUCCCCGCAGCCUGCAGUGAAAUGGACUCAGAGAAUAAAGAAGAAGGUGAUAACGGAGGACUAUAAGCUCUCGGGGCAGGUGCUCGGAGUUGGUCUCAAUGGAAAGGUGUUCGAGAUCUUCCAGAGGAGCUCCGGAGAGAAGUUCGCACUCAAGAUGCUGAAGGACUGUCCAAAGGCCCGUCGGGAGGCGGAGCUUCACUGUCAGGCAUCUGUCUGUCCCCGGGUUGUGCGGAUCGCGGACGUCUUUGAUAACUUCUACCAAGGCAAAAAGUGUCUCCUCCUCGUCAUGGAGUGCAUGGAUGGGGGUGAGCUAUUCCGACGCAUCAAGGCACGGCGUGAGCAGGCGUUUACUGAGAGAGAGGCCUCAGCCAUUAUGAAGAGCAUAGGUGAAGCCAUCGACUUUCUACAUUCCAUUAACAUAGCACACAGAGAUGUGAAGCCAGAGAAUUUGCUCUAUACAUCAAUGCAUCCUGACGCUCAGCUCAAGCUCACAGACUUUGGAUUCGCCAAAGAGACCACGUCCCAGAGCUGCCUGGCCACACCAUGUUACACUCCCUACUAUGCGGCCCCUGAAGUGCUUGGCCCUGAGAAAUAUGACAAAUCAUGUGACAUGUGGUCACUAGGUGUCAUCAUGUACAUACUAUUGUGUGGAUAUCCCCCUUUUUACUCAAACCACGGCUUGACGCUGUCCCCAGGAAUGAAGAAACGGAUACGGAACGGCCAGUAUGAAUUUCCUAACCCUGAAUGGUCAGCGGUCUCAGAAGAAGCAAAGCAGCUGAUUCGGCAACUACUGAAAACUGAUCCUACAGAAAGAAUGACCAUCACAGAGUUCAUGCGCCAUCCCUGGAUCAAUAGCUCAGUCGAUGUACCUCAGACUCCUCUGCACACCAGUCAAGUUCUGACAGAGGAAAGCCACGUCUGGGAUGAAGUCAAGGAAGAGAUGACUAAUGCCUUGGCCACGAUGAGAGUGGACUACGAGCAAGUCAAAAUCAAGACAAUUGAGGACUCGUCCAAUCCGCUUCUUAUGAAGAGAAGAAAGAAACUGGCUAAUGCAUCACCAGAACCACCAGGGCUCUGACAAACAAACUAACAAGACACACUCACACAGUUCAGUCCACCAUGGGCACUUACACUUAAAAACACACACCCAGCACCAACGAUCACUCUGAUCCACUUUUCUUAUUACUCAGACUGUAGAGACGUGUUGCCUUUUGAUUUAUUUAUUCCAGCGUGCACCAAAGAUAAACCAAACGUGGAAUUCUUGUUACUAUUUUUCAAUGAUGUUUGUCCCUUGUUUUGCUUUUCAUGAAUAAAAAAGUGUGAUUUGUC